AUUCCCGAAAAAUUGGCUUUUUAUGAUUACAUCGGCAAUAAUCCAGCAAAGGGGGGAUUAUUCCGGGCAGGCUCAAUGGAUAACGGGGAUGGAAUAGCAGUUGGAUGGUUAGGACACCCCGUCUUUAGAGAUAAAGAAGGACGUGAACUUUUUGCACGCCGUAUGCCUACCUUUUUUGAAACAUUUCCAGUCGUUUUGGUAGACGGAGACGGAAUUGUUAGAGCCGAUGUUCCUUUUAGAAGGGCAGAAUCGAAGUAUAGUGUCGAACAAGUAGGCGUAACUAUUGAGUUCUACGGUGGCGAACUCAAUGGAGUCAGUUAUAGUGAUCCUGCUACUGUGAAAAAAUAUGCUAGACGCGCUCAAUUAGGUGAAAAUUUUGAAUUAGAUCGUGCUACUUUGAAAUCCGAUGGUGUUUUUCGUAGCAGUCCAAGGGGUUGGUUUACUUUUGGGCAUGCUUCAUUUGCUCUGCUCUUCUUCUUCGGCCACAUUUGGCAUGGUGCUCGAACCUUGUUCAGGGAUGUUUUUGCUGGUAUUGAUCCAGAUUUGGAUGCUCAAGUGGAAUUUGGAGCAUUCCAAAAACUUGGAGAUCCAACUACACGAAGACAAGUAGUCUGAUACAACAUUUCUCUGGUAGUUUUCGCCUCUAUUUUCUUUUUGUGAUUUGGCAUAGGGUCCCAGAGAAAGCUUGAUUUGAAUCACCGCCUUUCUUUAUCCGGUAGAUGAUCCCCAAUAAAAUAAAAAGAAA